AAAAUAAAAUAUGUAGAGUCAUUGCGUUAAUUUCCGUACAGAUUAUCAAUUAAUGUAAUUGAUUUUUAAUUUUCUAUUUGCGACAUAUAAUUUUAUGUAAAUAGAUUGAUAUAUUGUUUUGACAUUAAUGAUUGCAAUAGGUACGUACAAAUUUGUGCAGCAAAGUACGUUUAUAUUCAAAUUUCGUCAAGUGGACGAAAACUAGUGCCGGACAAAAACCAACACACCUACAUAUAGGUAGUAUUCUUGUUGGUAUAUUGAGUAAAAUAUGUUACGUUACUGUAGGUAAUGUCAUUGUCACAGCAGUGUUAUGGAUUUAUUCGGAUUUGUUAUAGUAUCUUGUAAGUUUACAUAUUCAGCAGUAAUCUUAAUUACAAACAGUAUAGCAAUAAUUUAGUGAAGUUCCGGGUAAAACUUAUUACCGGGUAAAAAAAAUAUUUUCGAUUAGUUUAGCGAUACACAGACAAAGAGACAGAAAGAUAGAGUUGCUUUCACACUUAUAAUAUUAAUAUGGAUGGACAGCUUAUGGUCAUUUUCAUAAACCUAUUGCUGAGACAAGUAGCAGCAUUUUUGGGAUAAUUUUACCUUGCAUUGUGUCUGUAUUAACAUAACUUCUGUAGUGUCCAGGUAAAUGGAUAAUUGACUGUGCUACUAACCACUUACUACCCUGUUCCUACUCCAUCCUACAUAUUUACCAAUAACCUUGUUUUAAUUGACUGAGGGAUGCAUUAUGUUGUGUUCAUUUAUUAUUUUUGCAUGUUGUGUGUAUUUUUUAUUUUAUUUGCAUGUAAAGACGAUAUAGAUAAAGCCAAAAGAAAACUGAAACUGGUCGAGGAGACAUCAGACUUACAGACUGAAGCAGAAGAAGAACCAAAUUUUAAGCGGAAAAGAAAUAACAGAUAUAUUUCCACAAGCGAUGAAGAUGACGGUCACAUAACGCCACCACCAAUUAAGAAAAAAAUCUUGAACAAAACAGCUGCUGCUGCUUACUAUAGAGAUACCCGUCAGGCUCAGCCAAACAUUACCCGAGUUUCCCGGGAAGCUCCUUCAACACCAGAAAAAACCCUCUCAUUGCUGAAUGUAGUUGACGGGCUUCCUGUCUUGACAAACAGUGUCCUGCAAGAUUUAACAGAAGACGGCGAGGGGCGGCUAACUCCGGUUUCACGCAUACGUAGUCCUUGGUCGCGAAAAGAACAACCACCGAAUCUCGGCAGCGACGUGCCAGCAACGCCAUCGUGCGGUCAAGGAUUAAAAGGUUUGCAAGAUACAGUGGUGUCACUACUGACCCACAUAAAAGCCCAGAAUGAUAUAAUCAUCUCGAUUUUGCGAGAAAAACAUACAAGAUUGGAUUUAAAACCAGAGUUCAAAUUUCCCAUCAAAACUUCGGAGGAGUUGGAAAUUGUGGAAAAAUUAUUAACGUCACAAGAAAACCAUGCUAACGUGGUAGCCUACUUCAAGAGCCUUGGUGGACAGGGCGUUAAUAAUAAAGUAUCUAGAGUUAUGAAAGUUGCAUUGUCUGACUCUAUGGCAAGCAAGUACAACUUUUACGGUAAAAGAUCAGACAAGAAGCCAUUUGCAGAACUACGUCUCCGGGCGUGUGCAAAACCAUUCGAUGUAGAAGGAACCCACCAUCAAUUACAAUGUCACUACCAGCAAGCUUGUUGUGGAUCAGACUCUGGUGAAAACAAAUUCGGAUUUUAGAAGAAAUUCAAAGUGGCGGCCGUGUUUACAAUCUUUGACUACGAAUUCAUAUAAGGGUAUCUUUCGGAUCCUCAGAUGUAAUUUGUUAUCGUGACUAGAUCAAAUUUUCCGUCGGACGUACCGUUUUUGAACUACAAGAAAAAAACUUAAAAAUAGCAAAAAAAGUUCCACAACUUCUGGAAUGGAGCAAACUCGGAUUACACAAAUUUAGGAUCAAAUAAAGGUAUUAAGACGAUUUGACUGGCCUCUUAAAAUACUUAAAAAGUACCUUGUUAAUAUGUAGUUUAUAUGUUAUUAUUAAACUACUAGUUCCUUGAUGUA